ACGGUAAUAUAAGGGCGUCAAACGAUGAUUGACUCAUUGGGCAAUGCCUACAGAUACAUCCACUGUUUGCGUUUUUCAGCUAAUAUUUUGUGAUGCAGCUCUGAGUUUCCUUCCUUCUGUCUUGGGUGUAUUUGCCAUGUGCAUGCUCUAUCAAAUCUUGGAUUAUUGGUGUGGGCACACUUAUAGGAAUAGUGCUGGAGAAGAACGCCAGACAACGGAUACCUCGUCUGACCAAAGAGAUGUUGACUUAUGCCCUACACGCUUAAACAGACGAGGACCGUGUGUUCUGCAGUGCAUAUCAUGCAAUUUCAGCGUUGCCCACAUUUACACGGUCGGGGUGUGAGAGAGAAGUCGAGGCAGAGGGAGGCGCCGUGUGUGCUGCUGUUAUAAGCCAAGGGAGAGAGUAAGAGGGAUUUCGCUCGACCGCUACCACUGUGGCUUUUGUGUGGACUUGUGUGAUUCGCGAUGGGGACUGUGCUCGUUUAACGUCCGUUAUUAAGUUUUAAACUCUGUUUCUUUCUUUUCUUGGUCGACGGGUGCCCUAGCCAGCAUGCGAGGCGCGGCUCUCGGACGUCUCUGCACUAGCAAUCCUCACACAUUUCUGGAUUUAUUGUCAUCUGCGAAACUUCCACAUGCGGAGCGGACUCUCAUUGAGGUGUGGCCUUAAGAGGGAGGCACUGGAAUCAUGAGAACUCAGAAGACUUCUAUGCCUUCCCAUCAGCGCCUGCCACACUUCAGUCUGCGCCCACGAAGAAAGAAGGAGGGUGUGAUCCAGGGCAAACUGCGCAUUCGCUCCAUCCCGGGGGCAUUCUUGGUGCUUGGCAUGGUAGUUGUGAUUGUUGGCACAGCAUUGGCAGUGGCAGGGUACUGGCCAUACCGAGUGCAGCGGUCAGCACUGGGCGCAAUCAGUGACAGUCUCCCCAGCACCUCUCAGGCAUCUGGAUGGGGACUGGGAGCAAAAGGGCUCUUUUCCACAGCCAGCCUGAUCCACAGUGAGAGGAUGAAACUUCUUGGUCCUGUGAUUAUGGGAGUGGGUCUCUUCAUUCUCAUUUGUGCUAAUACAGUACUGUUUGAGAACCGAGACAGGGAGACUCAGAUGCUUCUGGCUCAGAUGCGAAGUGUUAUCUGUUCUGUGUCUGCUGCUGUGCCUUCAGCGGACCUCACACAGGUGAACUCCCUGGCCAGGCACUACCAGUGGGUCAGCAGCUUGCCUGCAGCCCAUCUGAACAUCCUAUGCCUUCAGGAGCUGGCCUCCUCUGAACCACUGCUGCAGGUCAAAAUCACAGAAGAGGAAGGAGGUUUGCAGCAGAGAGCAUCUCUGUGCACUGAGGUCCUUCAUCAUCAAGAGUCUUCCUCCACCCCCUCUAUACAUUCUUCCAAUUCCUGCAACUCCAGCAAAGUGGACACCACCAUUCUUGAUGCAGAACAGGGUGUCAGCUGUGGCCAUCAGCCACAACCAGAAAUCCACUGCAAGCUCAGCAACUACCUGGCUUCAAGCUCUAUGUCCACUCUGGAGGGGGAGGACUGGGAGUUAAGCAUUCUUCCCCCCAGACGCUCGCACAGUAUGAACUACAGGACUAAACCGCACACACUGCCUAGUGCUCUGAUCCUUGAGGAAAGGGCUGAGAAAUCUACAGACAACCUGAGAGAGCUUCGGCAACAGUCCAGCUCAAACGUUUGUGUGAAUUUGACAAGGGUUGGCACAGUGACCCUUGACCUUGCACACAUGGAGGAGCAGAAGCAUCGCAGUUGGCCUCGACUCGAUCUUGGAUAUACCAGGAGAUAUCUCAAACUAGAAAACAAGGAGGACUCUGUGGACAAGUUACUGGAUCAGCUUGAACAGCAAUGCUCACAGUUGGACCAGAGCUUUGGCUCAGGACCCUUCCAGUGAGCGCGGGACUAAUGAUGUGCACACAUCAAGGUCAAUGCUAUGGCAAAUUAAGUUCUCCUAAGCACCUCUCAGAAGCUGAUAUGCUGAAGGGGGAGCAAUCUAGCAUGAAAAUCCUCUGAGUAUUUUUAUUCAGUUUUACUGUUCCCUUUAGGUCCGAAGAAUCACUAGUUGCCCAGACAGUCAUUUGUUAGGCUGGACCAAAUUCUUUUGUUUGAGAUGUCAGGAGAAUAAAGGAGAUGCAGUGUACUGGUCAUUAACAUUCCCAGCAACGUCCCUUUUGCCCUUUGUGAUAUGGGUAUAUAAACUUUCAUCUAUACUUUGAUGGACUUUGAUGUCUUUGACACUAAUGUUUUUAAAAUAGAAAACAUGAUACACAGCCUCACAGAUGACUGCACACACAUGCUGUCUUUGUGUGAGAGGGCAGUUUGGGCAGUAAUAUGAGCAAUCAAUGUGCAAUUGUGUCCAAAACUCUGCUUGUCCAAGACAUUGUACACAGCAUUUCUGAACAGAAAGCAGUAUGAAGGGUGAUCUGUACUGUACCUGUCUAAAGAUUAUAGUUUUUAUAUAAAUUGAUUUAUUUAGACAUCUAUGCCACAAAUAUCUCAAUAUAUUAAUAAUUUAACCAAAUGGGGAAAGUGUUCAUUUGGUUGCACAUUUUGGCUCUCACUCCAUGUCCUUGAUGGUGUCAGUCAUUGUUUGCUGCAGCAUUCUUGUCACACAGAGCUACUGGUCUCCUCACUUGACUCAACAGUGGUAAAAGAACAGCAUAGACAAUGAAAAUAAAAUGUCUACCUGACUUCAAUUGAGGUGAUCAGUAUUAUUGCACCCACUAAUGCAAGGACAUAAUUCAAUUUUUACAAUGCAGAGCUGAAUUGAGCUGAAUUGAAUUGAGAAAAGACUACUAGCUCUAAAAACAAGAUUCUAUCUAUUUUGUGUUGUCUGUUUUGUAUGCUGUGUGUGACAUUAUGCAUUCUAAAUGUACACUAAGCAAUACCUGCAGUCUGACAGAUGGGCCCAUUACACCCUACAAUUUAUGCCUGUGUUACAAAUAAAAGGCAAAGCAAAAAUA